CCUAUGAAAAAAAAAAAAUUAAGCAGUAGCCUAAUCUCAGCUCAUCCUUAAGUUUGGAUACAAGGAAAAAUGCAUUGAGCCACAUGUCCUGAUGCAAAUGUAGAACCCUUGUACAGUCCAGGAGAAGGGGAAGUGUUUUAUCCCUCUAUGAAUGACUGAUGCUGUCACUCAGCAAGAGGCUGGCCUUAAGAGAUCCGUCUGAAAACACGCCUUCCCCCUCAUUCCUUCUCUGACAGUCUUGCAGUGAACAUCCAUUCUGUGUAGGAUAAGGAGCUGCAGAGAGAAGUCAAGGCACCAGCUUACGAGAACAGGAAUUGAAAGCUAGGAAGGAAGAAAAUAAAGUUUGAGCAUUGGGAUCUUUUAAGAGUCCACCUUCUAUGAGUGAAGAUGUCCAAGGGUGCAAGGAUUUAGGAACACAAUGUGAAGGAAGACUUCUUCAGCUCCCAUCCUUCAGAAGUGCUGAGAGCUGGAGACCCAGACACAACCUGAGAAUGAGACGAAGGAAAAUUGUAGUUGCAGGCGGCUUCUGCCUGUCCUUCUUCCUUGGCACUUUGUUGAAUUUACUAUGUGUCCCCGGCUUUGACCAUAAUCAUCACUUACAGGAUAGAGGGACUCCUGUACCUUUGGGACAAUCUUGGCAAGACAAUGAGAUAUCUAUGGACCUACUAAAGCAACUGCAAGAUAGGUACCAGGAGGUGAUCCGUUAUAGAGAACAUCGGGUUCCGGUGUCGGCUACAGAAAGACUUCUGAGACCCUUAGAGCGGAGACUCAUGGACCUGGCCCAGCAAUCCUCUUCUGAACAUAACCAGAAAUUGGAAAGCCCAAAGAGAUCCAGUUCUGAUCAGGACAUAUUAUCGCAGUCACAUCCUAGUUCAAAAAUAGAUCUGUCCCUACAGCCACCUUUGUUGGGUUGCCAGGACAUUAGUAAGGGAAACAACGUACGAUAUUUGGGCUCGGGCUACACGAAAGCUGUUUAUAAAUUGGUGUUGAAUGACACUGUGUCGGUAGCACUGAAAUCUGUCGAUUUUGGGGGACACGACAUACAAAAUUGCCUUAAACGUUACAGAACUUUGGAAGAUUGCUAUAGGUUGGCAUCCUUCAAGAUUGUCAAAGAAAUGAUCUUGCUGCAAAGACUUCAGCAUCCAAACAUCCUUCAGCUUUAUGGAUACUGUUAUCAAGAGAACAAUGACAUAUCUGAUACUCUGACAACUAUCAUUGAACUGGGUUCUCCCCUAGAGAUGAUUCAGCUCUUACAGUCUUCUUGGGAGGACAGAUUUCGAAUUUGCCUCAGCUUAGUACGGUUGUUGCAUUACCUGGCCCACUCCCCUCUUGGCUCCAUUACUCUGUUGGAUUUUCGCCCUCGGCAGUUUGUAAUUGUUGAUGGUGAAUUGAAAGUGACCGACUUAGAUGAUGCAAGCAUGGAGGAGACACCAUGUGCAAGCAAUGAGGACUGUUUCAUGGAAUUCCCUGCAAGGAACUUUACACUUCAAUGUUCUGUUGAAGGCAAAUGUCAAAGCAUGAAUGAGAAGAGGAACCUCUAUAACGCCUACAGGUUUUUCUUCACUUACCUCCUUCCUCACAGUGCACCACCUUCCCUCAGGCCAAUGCUGGAUGUUAUAGUAAAUGCAACAGGCGAACUGCGCUGGGGAAUCGAUGAAACUGCUGCACAGUUUGAAAAGGUCCUUUACUUAUACAAGAGCGGCUUAUACCUGUCAAAUGUUACACAUGUACCUACAGCUGAAUAUAAGCAAGUGGAAGAUGUUUCAAUACUUGACGAAGACUACAGAUGUUGGCCAUCAUACCAUCAUAAUGGAUGUCUCCUUUCCGUGUUCAAUAUAAAUGAAGCCAUAGAAGUUUGUGAAAGCCAUUCACAGUGCAAAGCUUUUAUUUGGAUGAAUCAGACAACCUGGACUGGGCGGCAACUUAUCUUCUUCAAAACAGGCUCAAAAAUUUUUGUGCCUGAUCAGAACAAAAUAACCUACCUGAAAAUGACUGUUUGACCGAAGUGAUCCAAUUAAGGUCAUUUAGAAUGGAUUGAAUUGGAGAAAAAUGCACUAUUAUUCAUUCUAAUUUCUAGAGUGCUAUUCAAAUUUACCUGAAUUUACCAGGGUGGAUGUGCAAUAAUUAGCAUUUUUUUAAUGUGAUUUGAAAGACAAAACAAUGUGACACACUGUUAGAAAUGAAGAUAAUGAAUAUAGUGAUUAUCUUUAAACUGUAUAUAGUGCUAUUUCUGCAGUGAAGAAGAUUGGCAUUUGGUGAUAUAUGGAUUGACACCAAUGUCAGUAGGCUGCUGGCUUUUCAUUCUGUUUGACUGUCCAAUGGUGCACUGGCAAUUUGUGCCUAGUGUGUAAUUUUUCAGCUUUUUUCUACAGGGAUGAAUAAUUAUUUGUUAUGUUAUACGUGUGUGUUACUUUAAUUGUAAAUUAUGAGAUUUCAAUGAUAAAACAUCUUAAUUUAAGAUGUUGAACCCUGGGGAUUCUAGCAAAACAAAGCCAUAUCUAAUAUGUGUCAAGACUUCCAAAGAGGUAUAAAACCAUUAUAUGGAUCAAAUGGUUUUGACCCAUAUAAUGGUUUUAUACAAAACUCCUAUACAAAGUCCCACUACUUGUUAAAGGGGUUCUCUCAUCAUGGAAAAUGGGGGCAUAUCACUUGGAUAUGCCCCUAUUGUCUUAUAGGUGCGGGUCCCACCGUUGGGACUUGCACCUAUAUCGAGAACGGGGAGCCAGCUUGGUGGUGGCCGGACCGGAGUCCUCCAGCCACCACCUUCCAGGGCUCUGUUCUUGAUAUAGGUAUGGGUCUUAGCGGUGGGACACGCAGCUAUAAGACAAUGGUGGCAUAUCCUAGCCAUAUGCCCCCAUUGUCCAUGAUGAGACAACCCCUAUAACUACUGUGGAACAUGUAUAGCAAGUACACCAAAAUACUGAAGAAUUCAAAGAGGUUAGGUACGAAAUUCCAACCACACAUCAUCUUCUUUCUCAAGAAUUUUAAUGAAAUAUUUAACACCCAGCACAUUCUGAACUUUAAAUUCAAAAGAAAGCAUUUUUCCAAGGAAAAUCGGUUGGUUCCAUAGGUCAUGUGGCUCCCUAAAACGGGUUUUUCUCUUUUGUUUCAUUUUUUCCAAUUUAUGUCCAUCCGUCUUCUUACUAAUAACAUUUACUUUUAGGCCUCAUGCACACGACGGCCCAUUGUAGAAAUGCCUAUUCUUGUCCGCAAAACAGACAAGAAUAGGACAUGCUAUAUUUUUUUUGCGGGGCCACGGAACGGAUCAAAGGAUGCGG